AUGGUCCAAAAUAGGAGUAACCGAGUCGCCGUGAUAGGUGCCGGUAUCAGCGGCGUCUGUACAGCUGCACACCUGUUGAAACACGGCCUCGAGGUAGUUUUAUUCGAGAGAUCAGGAAUCGCCGGCGGAGUAUGGCACUUUGACGAGCGUUCAUCAGUCGAUCCCUCCUACCCGAAUGAGCUCCCAUCAAAAGGCGACUAUGAGACAAGGCCGGAGCUCGCAUUCAGCACUCCUCCGCCGGAGAACGAGGACAACGACAAGCUGGAGAUUGCUCAUGCACCACCAGGGCCAUGUUAUGCUGGCCUGAAGAACAACGUCUCGACCAGGGAGAUGAGAACAAGUUUGCUCGCGUGGCCUGAAGGCACUGAGGAUAUCGUCAACCAAAACGUAUUGGAGGAAUACAUCCAGAACAUUGCACUCAAGCAUGGCGUCUCCGCAGUCACACAGUACCACACUCGCGUUGAGGAGGUACGGAAGCAUCUUGGUGAGUGGGUCGUGCGGACGACAACGCUGCAGAAAGAGCCUCUGGGGUCGCGAUUGGCAGAACGACGCUGGACAUUUGAUGCCGUGGUCGUGGCAUCAGGACAUUACCAUAUGCCACGUAUACCCAACUUUCCGGGGCUCCAAGAGUGGAAGCAAGGGUGGCCCGAUCGAGUCUGGCAUUCGAAAAGAUACCGCAAUCCCCGAAUAUUCAAAGACCAGAACAUCCUUCUCGUUGGUGCUGGCGUAUCGUCGAGCGACAUCGCCAAAGAAUCAGCUGCCUACGCCAAGCACAUUUAUCAGAGUUCUCGAGGCGGAGCUUUCGACGUUCCUUCCAGCUUCCUACCACCAGGCGCCACGCGAAUCGGGCCCGUUAAAUCCUUCCAACUGAAUGAGGACCGCGAUGUCAAUGCUCCAGCUUCAGGACCAAUUCCCGGGAAGGUAAUUCUCGAGAAUGGCGAGGUGUUGACGGAUAUCCAUUCGGUCAUCCUUUGUACAGGAUACAUAACCUCCUAUCCGUUCCUCCCACAUCUGCACCGGGACGACAUUCCAGCCGGUGAAGCAGACGACUUUGUGCUCGUCACCGCCGAAGGUGAAAUGGUGCACAACCUGCACAAGGACAUAUUUUACAUCGAGGAUCCCACGCUUGCGUUUGUCGGGGCUCCAUAUCACAUUGCCACAUUCUCGUUUUUCGACUUCCAAGCCCAGGCGGUCGCGAGGGUAUUGAGCGGUAAAGCCGAGCUGCCACCCAAGCAACGAAUGCGCGAAGAGUAUAAUGAGCGGGUACGGACCAAAGGCUUGGGGAGAGACUUUCACAGCCUAGCGGAGCUUGGGGCUGAAGAAGCAUAUGUGGAAGAUCUUGUCCGAUGGGUCAAUGAGGAUGCUGCUCGGCUUGGAAUCGACGACAAAAUGCAGGGUCAUACUCCGGAGUGGCUUCUUGCUAGGAUCGACCGAGGUGCAAAGUGGAAAAUGUGGCUGGAUGCAAAAGAACAAGAUCAGCAAGAGAAGGAGACAAGGAUCGGAGUUAGAAAGCUGCCCAUAACCGUCUGA